AUGGCUCUAAUGUUGUUGCCACUUUUCACGCUACUGGCGGUCUCCAAUGCCGCAGUACCAUACAACUUCGACCCUAGAAUCAUCAAUGGCGAAGCUGUGAAAACUGGCGACAUACCGUAUCAGGCGUCGCUUCAAUUAAAAGCAUCGAAUCGUCACUUUUGCGGCGGGUCGGUGCUCAAUGCGAAUUACGUUCUCACGGCAGCGCACUGUGUCGUAAGACAAGCGCCUAACACGAUGGAGGUUGUUGUCGGCACUGUGGACGUCGAUAACCGAGUAUCGGUGCACCAGGUUGAAAAGAUCAUUACCCAUGAAAAAUACUCUGCCGAAGACUCAUAUGUGAACGAUAUAGCCUUGAUCAAGGUGAAAACAAGAUUCGUGACCAGCAGACAAAUAGCCCCGGUUCCUCUGCCGAAAGUAAACGAAGUUAUCCCAGCCAAAUCGCUGGCUGUAGUGUCAGGAUGGGGUUCCGACAAAUAUGGCGGAGCAACGACAAAGCAACUGAUGAAGGCGCGUAUCUUGAUAGCCGAUCAGACAAAAUGCAGAAAGGUUUACAAGACGUUGAUGAUGAACAUUUACGACUCCCACAUCUGCGCUAAUGAUCCUUCGGUUGAAAAAGGAGCGUGCAACGGUGACUCUGGUGGCCCACUGACUGUUGAUGGAAAGAUCGUUGGCAUUGUGUCCUGGUCGAUGGCGUGUGCACUCACCAAGUAUCCCACAGUUUACACUCGCGUCACGUCUCACUUGGGCUGGAUUAAACAGAAUGCAGUUUGAUUCGAGGCAGUUUAAACGAACUAAAUUGUCUGAAACGCGUUUGAAAGUCUCGACUACGUUUCUGCGAAUGCAUCUACACGAUAGUUUCGAAAAUAAAAACUAAUAAGAGUACUAUUAAUCUUGUG